AUGACAGGGCGAGGAAAACUCAUGGUACAAAUAAUUAACGAAGAAAAAGAGGAUCCUGAGCAACCAGCAGCAACGGAUGAUUCAAGACCUAUUCAAUUUCCUGGUAUAGAAACCCUCAAUAAUAUAAACGAGUUAGUGCCAUCACUGAGCAUUUUAGAAUUUUUGUUGAAUCUUAAUGAGCAGCCUAUAAACGCUGAGGGACGACGAGUUCCUAAACGUCAGUAUGCUGCCUCCAGUAUACCGCUAGUAAAGAAAAUAACAAUGCCGACAAUAACUACGAGGAUCACGAUCUGGGUCAAAAUAUUAUUCCAAGUGAUGAUACUCAAGCGCAAGAAGGACCGAAACGGUGUAAAAAGAAACUAA